AAAUUUAUGUUUAUUUCUGUGAAUCAUUUCCUGUGCUUUGUUACUUGGAAUCGUGUGUCAUUCUAGGAAUAUUAUUGUUAUCAUUGAUCUCGCACACGGCGAUAUAGCAUCAUCGGCAACAAUAUCAGAGGCGGAGGGGCCUUCCUGGGGUAUCGAGCGCGUUCAAAGUCGCGCUCUAAUAUUUUCCUCGCGCGCAAACAACAACGUCGACGGCGUAAAUAUUAUAUUCGCAUUGUUGCACUCGCGUAGCGCUUUAAACUAAAUGAGGCCGCGGGUUACAGUACCGGUAAUUAGUAGAUCUCGAUUCGCGCUACAUCGCGAUCGAUAGCUCCGUUGUGCGUGUUAACGCAAAUACUGCCAUACGUAUGACUUACUUUACUUGAUAGAAAAUAAUCGUGGUGGCAUGGUGACACGCACGUUAAACGCACGAAAAUGUUCUGAUAAGAUAUCAUCGACGAUUCUGGCGCGCAGACUUUCCUCAGGAUAAAUACACUUCAACAACAUGAACAUGACGUUGAGAAACGUCGUCGAAUGGACAUGCUCCGAUGUAAAGAUAUGGCUCAUAGAAAAUGGUUACGAGGAGUAUGCAGAUUUAUUUUAUUCUCACGAGAUCGAUGGAAAAGUACUGCUGACAUUGAAAGAAGAUGACUUGAAAUCAAACGUUUUGAAUAUAAAGAAGAUUGGUGCUAUAAAAAAAUUAUACCUUGCUAUAAAGCAAUUGCAAAGGGAUAACAUCGCUGCUUUAUUUGACCUGGGAUAUGUGGAUUUGUUUCCUUCGCCAAACUUUUAUACUCAACAGAAUAAACAUGAAAUACCCAGCACUGGUACAAAUGAGGUAUCCAUAGAGCAAGAGUUUUAUUCGGCUUCUGUAUCGGAGGACGGACAUGCUUCUCAUUUACCACCUGAAAUUUGGAAAACAAUCAUUAGUUUGGGAUAUUUGUUUAUCGUCACAUGGAUUACUGCCUUUGUGAUGGUUAUUGUCCACGACAGAGUGCCUGAUAUGAAGAAGUAUCCUCCAUUGCCAGACAUAUUUUUAGACAACGUACCUCAUAUCCCCUGGGCAUUUGAUAUGUGCGAAGUCACUGGAACUCUGCUUUUUGCGAUAUGGCUUGUUGUGCUUAUAUUUCACAAGUAUAGAUUUAUUUUAUUACGGCGGUUUUUUGCACUGUCGGGUACAGUCUUCCUGCUGAGAUGCGUAACAAUGCUCAUUACUUCGUUAUCCGUACCGGGUGCGCAUCUACAGUGUCAACCGCGCAAAGUUCCGGAUGAAGAUUGGUCAAGUGUAUAUCUGUUUAGUUCUGCAUAUGUCGAGCUAUAUAAUAAAAUAGCAAUGGCUUAUGUUAUUUGGCGAGGUGCUGGUAUGUCUAUUCAAGGUGUAAGAACUUGUGGAGAUUACAUGUUUAGUGGACAUACAGUGGCAUUAACUAUGCUGAAUUUUUUCAUUACAGAAUAUACUCCGAGACACUUGUAUUUUUUGCAUACUUUCACAUGGAUGCUCAACAUGUUUGGUAUUUUCUUUAUCUUGGCGGCGCAUGAGCAUUACUCCAUUGACGUUUUCGUAGCGUUUUAUAUAACUUCGCGAUUAUUCCUUUAUUAUCAUACUUUAGCAAAUAAUCAAGCAUUGAUGCAGCGCGAUUCGAUUAGAACCAGAAUUUGGUUUCCAUUAUUUAGCUUUUUUGAAGCGUCCGUUGAUGGUAUUGUUCCUAAUGAAUACGAAUCGCCGUCCUUGAUAGUUUGCAAUUUAGUAGGCACAGGAAAGAAUAUUUGGCAAUACGUACGAUCUUGGAUUUAUCUCCGAAAAACGCAACGCAACAUAAACGGCAGUUUAAACAGCACAAAGAAAGAACGCUAACGUCGAACCAGUUUUUUUCUUUUUUAUUUCUGUGUUGUAUCUUUAAGAUAAAUAUGUGGUGCAAGAGAUUCUUUUCACUGAUUUCUUGUUUGAUUGUGAUUUUUUAUAAUUUAUAUAUAUUAUUUAUAUAUAUGUAUAAAGAAAAUGUGAUAUGGAAAACAAUUUGUUCAAACAGAUUACAUUUUUACCAUUCGAAAAAUAUCAAGAUACGUGAAUUCAAGAAAAGUAAUUCUCUAUACUAUAUAUUUGUCUUUUAAAAAUACUGACUGUUUAUUUGACAAAUCUGUUUAUACAUUAAAAUAAUAUUGAGCGAGAAUGUAAUAUUAAUUCUGA